GAUCUGCUGGUCUGCAGUAGAGUUCACCCUCAGAUAAUGCAUAAAUGCUUUCAGUUAUAAAUGGACAAUUGUAAGCAUCUAUCAGCCAUUAAGAAAUGGAGCCAUUCAAUACUAAAUCCCCAAAAGUGGAUGUGUUAUGCCUGUGGAACUACAGAGAGUGUCUGGGCAUGCCUUAGUUGUCCUAGUGUAGCAUGUGGAAGAUUCAAUGAGGAACAUGCUCUUAAACACUUUAAAGAAACUCAGCAUCCACUAUGUCUGGAGGUCAAUGAGAAAUAUGUAUAUUGCUACCAAUGUGAUGACUAUGUCCUGAAUGAUAAUGUGUCGGGGGAUCUGAAGAUUCUGAGGAAUGCCCUAAGUGCUAUAGCCACCCAGACCUUUACAGAUGUGGAGUCGCGGGGGAGGAGGUUACUCAGAUCUUACUCCCACACUGCUGUCGUCUCACCCUCCAGAACAGAUGAAGAUGACAAGAUAGUUACAGCAGAUUUUCAUAGAAAACAGGUGUUACUGAGGAAGACAUUUAUAGCAUGGAAAUUGUACACACAAGGGAAAUACAUUGAGAUACAGCGAACACCAGAAAAGAGGAAAAUAAAGUCGUCCGUGGAAUGGAGCCCCGUUAUUAAAAGGAGAACCAUAAUUCCAGGAAUGACUGGUUUACGUAAUCUUGGCAACACCUGUUACAUGAACUCUGUACUUCAGGUGUUAAGCCACUUAGAGGAAUUUCGAGACUUUUUCCGACAUCAGAUCCAGCCUAGUCCCAGUAGAGUUACCUCCCCUGAGAGCAGUCCCCACUCUUUAGUUGGGAGGAAGUCUUUAACUCCGGUGACCCUAUCUCCAAGAGCCCCAAAGAAUUUCUAUUCCAAGCCAGCAAAGAGACUGUUUAGUCGACAAACCACUAUAGAAUGCUUUGAGCAUUUGAUGACACCAGAAAGAAAUCCAGGGACCCCUACCAAAGAGAGACCAGGAGGUUUAAAUGGAGGGUCACAACUGACCACGCCUAUUAAGGGGAAACUAUUGUUAUCUGUAGAGAAAAAAGUGCCAUCCAGUAACAUAUCACUUUGUCAAGAGCUGAAUGGUCUUUUCCGAGUGUUAUGGUCUGGGAAUUGGGCACAGGUCAGUCCCCAUGGCUUCCUCCAGGCCGUGUGGAAAAGGAUCCCCAUGUUUAAAGGCCAUGCCCAGCAUGAUGCUCAAGAAUUCCUCUGUGAAUUGUUGGAUAAAGCUCAGAAUGAGCUGUGUGACCUUGACCUGUUUGACAUUAUAUCAGAUAUUUUUCAAGGUGAACUGGUCAGCCAGGUGAAGUGCCUUGUUUGUGGAAAUAUUUCGGAAACAAAGGAGCCAUUUAUGGAUCUCUCUUUGGAAUUCCCAGAAAGAUACCAGUUUACAUCUCUCAAUGCAAGCAUAGCUCAGGACAUCUGUCACAUUACAGAAAUGUUAUACAAAUUUACUGAAGAAGAAACUUUAGAGGGGAGGAUUUACCAGUGUGAAAAUUGUAACACUCGAAGGAAAAAGAGGACUUCAAAAUCUAUCUACACUGAGGCACAGAAAAGACUGCUGCUGAAAAAACUCCCAAAUGUGCUAAGACUGCACCUCAAAAGAUUCAGGUGGUCAGGCAGGAACCACAGGGAGAAAAUCUCCACUCAGGUAGCUUUUGAUGAUGUCCUAGAUGUUGAACCUUUCUGUGAUAAGUCAGAUAUGGAGAAGGGGCAGAGCUAUACAUAUAAUCUGUUGGGGGUCAUCAUUCACCAUGGCAGAGGCUUUGGGAGUGGUCACUACACGGCCUGCUGCUGGAAUGCAGAAGCUAAUUCAUGGAUCAAUUGCAAUGAUUCAAGAGUAAAAAUAUGUUCCAAAGAGGAAGUAUUAUUGAGCCAGGGGUACAUUCUUGUUUACACCAAAAAUGUUCUUGAAGAUUUAUCUCCUUUGGAAAACUCAAACUCAAGUGUUGAAUCCAAGUGCUCCACAGGCAGAAGUCCUUUACAAAAAAACUUAUCCAAGAAAGUGGAUGCAGAUAUAACAUUUAAUUUUAAAACUUCCUCAGCUGAUGAAAUGACAUUGAAAUCAAGAAAAAGAAGUCCGGACUCACAUAUCCUCCAACCAGAACAAAGGAUCAUCAAAAGACGUAGAUCUACUUUGUGGUAGCAAUAACAAAGAUAGGAGAUCCUCUAAUUAAUCGUUAUAAGUUUACAGUUUUUUAUGUCAGGCAGCAGAACAUGACUUGUAUUUGUUUUAUGUAUUUUGUUUUAAAUAGGAAUAAUUAAACUGCGUUUAAGUUUAAAUUGUU